CAGAUUUUUUAAUUUUCAUACUCAACUUUCCAGUGCCAUCUAGCUAUAUCAUUCAAAAUGUAUAAAUCCACAGGAUGGGGUAAGGAAAUCUGUAGCUGUCAAAAUCAUCUUCGACACACGAGUGACACACGAGUGACCCACGUCACACCUGACACGUGUCACUAUGCAUGACAACGACAACUGGACAACAAUUUUCAUCAUUGACAAAUGACACGUAGGAAAGAAUUAAAAAUAUAAAAAUACAAGAUAAUUAAUAAUUAUUAUUUAACUAAAAUGUUGACGGAUAUGAGUUGGAAGGAUGUAAUUGUGAAUUGUAAUAAUGUUUAUCGUAAACCACUCGUAAACAGCAUCACACUAACCUGAGCUUUGAUAGCAAAGCAAGCGACUGAGGUUAUGUUCCAUGGGAACCCUAAAAAUCUUGAAUUUGAACUGAAAAAUCCCGUUACUUCGCAAAAAUUAGGAAAAAAUGGACAAAUGCGAGCACUAUUUCGGCGCAAGCGAUGAAAAUUUGUUUCUAGACGACGAAUACGGGUGUAUCAAGUGUAGGAAUUCGACAUGGACCAAUGGUCAGACUGGACUGUCAUUCAAAUGGGGCCACAGUGGUUCGUACUUUGGUGCAGAAGAUAGGGCUCUAAUAUCUACAGUCCCCGAGAAUCCGAAUGAACAUUUAGAAGACUCUCCAUUGUUGAUAAACUUGAGCCAAAAUGAUAUUUAUAGAGAAUCUACUGAAACCGAUUUUCACUGCCAUGACACCCUUGGUGCAUCUGAAGAUGUCACAGCUUGGAAGAAACUGUGUGCAGCAGCAGCCUUUUGUUUUAUGUUCAUGAUGGCAGAACUAAUUGGAGGCUAUCUGGCUGGAAGCUUGGCAAUCAUGACAGAUGCUGCCCAUCUCUUUUCAGAUUUUAUAGGAUUUUUGAUAUCUUUAUUGGCGAUAUGGGUGGGAAGGAAGCCCCCAUCAAAAAACAUGACAUUUGGUUAUUACAGGGCAGAAGUAUUAGGUGCCCUUUUGAGUGUCUUAACGAUUUGGUUAUUGGCUGCUAUUUUUUCAACACUGGCAAUCAACAGGCUAUACAAUGAUGAUUAUGAAAUUGAAGCCAAUACUAUGAUUAUUAUUGCUUCUUUGGGGUUGCUUGUGAACAUAAUCAUGGGCGGCAUCCUUCACGGAGUAUGCCACACCCACAGCCACUCCAUGUCGCCGCCCGCCCACGGAGCGGAAAACAUCAACGUGAGGGCGGCCGCUGUCCACGUGCUGGGCGACCUGCUGCAGAGCGUCGGCGUAUUGGUGGCCGCCCUCAUCAUCAAGUUCAACCCGAACGCCAAAAUGGCGGAUCCCGUGUGCACGUUGGGUUUCUCCUUGCUGGUCGUCUGCACCACCGUCAAGGUGGCCAAAGAUUCGGUGUGGUUCCUCAUAGAGGGCAGCCCUGUGGAUAGUUGGGUUCUCAAGGGAGAAAUAAGGAAAAUGGCGGGGGUCAAGCACGUGCACAGUUUACAUGCUUGGGCUCUAGCGCCUGGCAAAAAUGCUGUAGCUGUGCAUUUGGCUGUUGAUCAAUAUUGUGAUAGAGACCUCCUACUGAAGAAGGCUGCUUCAGUUAUCCAAGACCAUAUUCCAUUGGUCAGUUGUACAGUGCAAAUAGAAGCUUAUAACCAAGAACUCAUAAGUUCCUGUAGAACUUGUCAGAGUGUACAAAUUCGAUGAUGGUUUCCAAUGGUCAGUAAAGGUUUUUUUGUUUAGAGUUCCUCAUAAAAGUUGUCAGUAUUUUAUGUUUUCAUCUUUGUUUUUGUUUGUUAUGCUGUAUAGGCAUUGAUUAUAAGAAUAAACAAGUUUUUUAA